UAUAUGGGAAGGCUGCCUGGAGGGCGGCUCCUUUCAUGUCAAUGGCUGCCGGGAUGCCGAUUGAACCGUGGGAUUUUGGCAACACAGUUGACAUAAUUAAAACAAUACCACAGGACCUGUUGGCAGAGCUAUGCGAGCAAAUUAUCCAAUAUAUGCAAUGCCAGAUUCCAGCUGUAAAUACAGUAGAACUGUGUCAGAGAUUUCAAGCCGCUGGGAUUGAAAUAGUCGUUAGUGACCUGACAAAAGUAGUUAAUGCCAUUUCCUUUGUAUUCAGCACGGCAGCAAAAAAUAAACUCUCAUCAGAAGAACUCUCCACCAGAUUAGGGAGUUCAGUCAGUACUCUGCCAAAGCAAGCUGUACAAGUUAUUCGGCACGUAUGGAAUGAACAAGGCAGCUCCAUCAUAAUGUCAGCAGAUGGAAAAAAUAUAGCAGCUGUCGGACAGCUUAUGGAUUUUCAGUGGAAGCUGGGGAUGGCAGUCAGCUCGGACAGCUGUAAAUCUUUGAAAUCCCCUUACAUUACCAUGGCUGUAAAAGUAGCAGAUGCUUCAGGACACAUCACAAGCAAAACAUUUGAAAUGACAGUCCCACAAUUUCAGAACUUCUACAACCAGUUCAAGGAAAUGGCAAUUGUUCUUGAGACAGUUUGAACAGCAUUUGGGCAGUUUAUUUAAACCAAGCGAGGCAUUUUCAUCUUGCCUGUAAAACUUAACGUUUUUUGUUAAGGAAAGGUAUGGAAGAUUGUCAUUAUCUCAGUUUCUUCAUGACUUGUCCUACUGCUAGAUUGUUCCUGUUUGGAAGAACUUCUGAAGACCCACAACCACUAUAAAACAAAUAUUUUUGUUGAUGGAACUUCUUCUUAUAUGUAGAAGUCUGCUGUCAAAAUUAUAGUACUGUGUGUGUGUGUAUCUAUAUAUAUAUACACACACACACACAAACCAGGGGUGUAUAAUAUAUGUUUAGUAUGUUAACCUAUGAAAAAUGAGAUGCCACACAUUCUAGAAGCCAACAUUCCAUUGUCUAAUGUAUUCUAUUAAAAAAUAAUUAACCCAAUUAGUUCAGUUGUGGAAAAUGUUGUUGCAUCUUUAUUCCUAUGAAUGUCUACUGCCUUUUGGGUCACUCCCUUUAUUAAUCUUACGCCUGCUCAUGAGAGUGUACUUCUCUGCUGCCGUAUGUAUUUCACACAGUAAGUUAGACUGAAAGGGAUGAGAGUGGUUUUCCAUGCAUGCACAAGGCUUUUUAGGCUGUCCCUUCUACUUCAGGCCCUUGUGCCCCUGAAAAUCCGAUCCUGAAAAUCAGGGAGCCUUUCCUCUGAAAUCAGAGUGGCAUUCAGUGUGGUGCAAGCGGGCUGAACCUGGAAGGGGAAAUUCUCUGCCUCCCCCUGCAUACAGGUCUUUCAGAUUCAGGCCAGCCAGUUUAUGUAUAGACUAUUAAAAAUAACAUUGAAUCUACUGCAGAAUGCUUGUUAAGUUGGCUGCUGUCUUAUUUCCUGAUUUAUAGUCUGUGUGUUUCCUUCCAAACUAGUCCUGGGAUGAGCAGUGAAAACUGAUCCAGCACUUAAGUUUAGAGACUAUCAUGUUUUUAUGGCUAAAGACUAGUCCCUGUUUGCUGUCCUCCUUCCAUAGGUGUGGUCUCAUUACUAGUGUCACCAUGUAGGAGUCACUAGUUCAUUUGCUCUUCCUUUGCCAUGGGUAUCUUACCUUGCUGCAAACUUAUAGGAAUUUUCCUUGCUAAGCAGCCUUAGCUGCCACUAUACAACCUCUGAGUGGCUCAUAGUGGUGAAUAUUGUUAUUAGUAUAUAUUGACAAGUAGACCUUGUUGAGGUGAUCAUUGUAGGCUAAAUAAACCAUGGUGCGUGCUGGGCACUAUUUGCAUAAUUACUCACCUGGCUGCAGCUUGCUGUGUCAUCCUGAUCCAGGAGACAUGGCUUGCUUAAG